AUGACAAAGAAGAGAGUGUACACUCGUAGAUCAUCUGCAUUGAAGAAGGAGGAGGACGCACAAGAGCAACAACAACACAGUGGCGCAGUGACUGAUGAGUUGGUCUCACUGAACAAGUGUGCACAUGUCACAAAGGUUGAGGUGAUAUGCAUCGAUUGCAAGAUGCUGAAGAAGUUCAACGACACGUUUGACAAGAGAUUGGAUGUGUUGUGGGUCAACAUGAAGAGUCUGUUGGCAACGUACAAGACACAGGACAAUGCAAUCAAGGAUAUUGUGGAGCAUUACAGACAACUUCAUGAAGCACUGGUGAUUGAAGAGCACAUGAAGAAGAAGGACAUCACUCUCGAGAUGGAGCGAACUGAAGAGACCAUCAGUCGCAUUGCCAAAGAGAUCAAUGAUAUUCAUACAUUGUUCAACAAGGUUGGCGAUGGUCACUGUGAGACAGACACUGCAGAGUUGAUGAGAGCUGCCACAUCAAGCAAGACAAUCGCUCAGUUUGUCAAGAAGAUUCAUAUAAAUGAUGGCGAGCCAGCUGACAACACCGACAUCUCAUUAACUGCCAAGUUCUUGGAGUGCAAUGAACAGAUGACCACCAAUCAACUUCAAAUCAGUCGUCCAUUCAGCAUCAAGACACAACAAUACACAGAUACAUUCACUGGAGAGAUGCAAUCAAUCAUUGAUGUGAUCGAUUCAAAUACAGUUUGGAAGUCAUCACAUCAAUAUAUCAAUCACAUCUUCGCAUUCAAUGACAAUGGCAACAAAUUCAUCGAUCCAAGAAUUCCUUCUGGGAGAUUGUACUCUCUCAAUGAGGACAAAUCAAAGUUGAUUAGGAGCGGUGUCAAGACAUCAACAGUGUACGCCCGAGACAACAUCUAUGUGUUUGGUGGUGUGGGCCAUGAUCAGGAGAGGAGCUAUGUUCGAUACUCAUUGUUGGAGAAGACAUGGUGCGAUAACCUCAGCAUCUCAGGCCCGUCAGUUGUUGGUGGACAUGGCAUUUCGGUGUGUUUCGAUGGUGACAAGCAUAUCUACUUGAUCGGAGGUUGUUUCAAAGGUAUCAACUUAAAUCGCAUCGAUUGCUUCAACAUUGAGACCAACACAUUCAGACACAUUGGAUCCAAUAGAGAUUGUUCAAAGUCAGGUUGGACAUUCUUCCACAACGGUGCACUCUAUACGCUGGGUGGAAUUGGUCAAGAUAGCCGAUUAUUGCACAGCUGUUAUAUGUUUGACCUUAAAUCAUUGACAUCUAGGGUCAUCUUCAGUGUUGGUGUUACCAAAGUGGUCGAAUCCUGUUGCUUUGAUGGUGUCGAUAAUAUCUUUCUCAUGUGUAAAGAUCACUCCUUCUUAGUCAUGUCAUUAUCUCAACCUAAAACCAAAGCCAUCGAUUUAACACCUCCAGACCGUUCCAAAUCAACUACACAACCAUAUAUAUUGAUAUAUGUGCCUGGAACUGGUCCAAUACUGUUGAACAAUGAACGAGUCCUUCAAUAUCUGAUCAAUGACAACAAAUGGAAAACAAUUAAUCAAAGUGCACAAGGAUACACAAAUAUGUGUCUCAUUACCAAUGCUUGA